ACACUUUAUUAGAGUCAUGAUAUAAUCAUAUGGAACAGAAUGAUUUUGUUCAAAUUGAAUCCUAUAAGAAAACCAGACAGAAGGAGAAAACAGACUUUGUGGAAAUCUUCAGUAAUCUGAUGAGCUGCAUUGAGAGAAGCCAGGCUGAGCUGUUUAAGGUGAUGGAGGAGAAGCAGAAAGCAGCAGAGAGGCAGGCUGAAGAGUUCAUUAAAGAGCUGGAGCAGGAAAUCACUGAGCUAAAGAGGAGAAACACUGAGCUGGUGCAGCUCUCACACACUGAGGAUCACCUCCACCUCCUACAGAUUUACCCGUCACUGUGCAGCCCUCCACACACCCAGGACUGGACUGAUCUCACAAUUAACACUUAUGUGAAUGUGGAGACUCUGAGGAGAGCUCUGUCUCAGCUUCAGGAAACUCUAAGGGAGGAAAUGGAGGAGAUUCCAGAGAUCAAACUGAAGAGAAUUCAACAAUAUGCAGUGGAUGUGACUCUGGAUCCUGAUACAGCUCAUCCUGACCUCAUCAUGUCUGAUGAUGGGAAACAAGUUACAUGUGGAGACAAGAGACAGAAACUCCCUGAUAAUCCAGAGAGGUUUGAUGAUUGUGUCUGUGUGUUGGGAAAUGAGGGAUUCACCUCAGGGAGAUUUUACUAUGAGGUGCAGGUCAGAGGGAAGACUGAGUGGGAUUUAGGAGUGGUCAUAGAGUCUGCUAACAGGAAAGGGGAGAUUACAAUCAGUCCUGUGGAUGGAUAUUGGCUUUUGUGGCUGAGGAAUGAGACUGAAUAUGAGGCUCUGGACUCUCCUUCUGUCUCCCUCUCCUUGAAACAGGCUCCUCAGAAGGUGGGGGUGUUUGUGGAUUAUGAGGAUGGUUUGAUCUCCUUCUAUGAUGUUGAUGUAAAAUCUCAUAUCUACUCGUUCACUGGUCAGACUUUCACUGAGAAACUUUAUCCAUAUUUCAGCCCCUGUCCCAAUGACGGAGGUAAAAAUUCAGCACCAUUGGUCAUCUGUCCAUGUAAUCAAAUCUAAUAUAUGGUUCUUAAAGUUUAUGUAUAUUUAAAGAGUUUAAAUAAUCACCACUAUAUAUUUUCUCUCUUUACUAUGGGUCAAAUGUUAUAAUGAAAGCUUUUUUUUCUAAUCAUUAGAUGAAUAAGUAAAAGUUCAGUUUCUAAGCUUUUGGGCCAAAAAUAACAUCCACACUGAGUGAACAGUGGAUUUAUUUAACUGGUAUCUCUUGUAUAGACAGUUUUACUUUGUGUGAGGAAUAACUGAUGACUGGACAUUGAAUUAUUGCACAAAUCAAAUAAACACUUAUUCCACUUGUACCACUAUUACCACACCUCACUGCUAGUGCUGGUGAAUACUCUGUAACUGCUGCCUCCAUGUUCACACUUAAAGUUCACUUAAAACCUGUUCCUGAAAAGACAUGAUUUACUGCUGUGUCCUUACAGCUAAGUUAAAUACUUCUGAUGGAGCUUUUAUUAUAACUUCAUGUUAAACAAAUGGAGGCAGUUUAGAGAUUAUGACUCAUGCCUCAGGUGCCAAUAAAGAGGAAACUCUGUUUCUCUGUUUACCCACAAUCCAUUUUCAAUCAGCUUGAUGACUAGAGAUUUAUUUUCAGAAAUACCUCAAUCGCUCCAUUCAUUCAUGAGGCAGAGUAGAUGUUCUCACAGCCGACUUGCUCUCAAACCUCUAACAGCACCUCCUCCACCUGUGCUCCACUCUCAGGUACAACAAACCUGAUACUAUGUCAGAGAGACAGCGUCUGUCCACUGACCUCAGGGGCCAUGGCGUCCCACUCACACUCAACUGGUAUCAGUUAUAUAAAUUAUAACUUAAUAAUCACUCUUUUAACUAAAGAUAAAGGAAGAAAAAGAACAGGUUAAAGACCAGAGCACUUUUCACAUGUUCCCUCAAUACUGAGUGUAUGACGUCAUUGUGAGAGAGAGAGAGAGAGAGAGAGAGAGACACAGCGAGAGUAAUGUAAUUUAUGACAUGAUCCUUUUUUUAAUAUUAAUUCUUCAUAUGUUCUUCAGUCACAGCAUUUUCUGUACAUUCUACUGUUUGUUUAAAUAAUGAAGAAUUUUUAAAAAUAUUGUUUCCUUAUUAAACAUAAUUCUGUGUCUUGGGCCGUUCUUUGCUUUACUGCUGUAUUUCUCUUUUACUGGAUCG